AUGACAGACAAGGAUGAGGGCCAUGGAGCUUGGAGCAAGGUCCCAAUUUGGGACGGCUCUCCUCAGACAUGGAGGUCAUUUAGAAGAGAAAUGGCCUGGUGGACAUCGAGCUUGGAUUUGGAAAGCACCAAGAAGUAUAACUUGGCGGCGAGAUGGCUGCUUCGCCAAACAGGCAUGGUUCGUGCUAGAGGAGAAGAAUUUCUGCCUGAGGAACUGGUGUACCAGCCUGAGAUAGUGGGCAAGGAUCCUGAGACUGGUGAGGAUGUGAUUCUUACCCCAGCUGAUCCGUUGCAUGGCAUCAAGAAGCUGAUGAAGGCGCUGGAAGAGAUGAAUGGCAAGACAACCCUCGAUAAACGAGGGGAACUUAGAGGACAGUUCUACUUGGAGCUCAAAAGGCGGCCUGGAGAACGAAUCUCUGAGUUUUGCACGAGGUUCAGAACCAUGGUUGCCGACUUGAAGUCCGAGGGCGUGUCAUUGCCUUCUUCAGAGCUUGGCUGGUUCCUACGUUCGAAGCUGGGACUUGACCCUUUGAGGACCCAGCUCUUGGACGCGGCUUUGGGAGGAUCCGAAGACUAUGAGGUCAUCGAGCGCGAGAUUCUCAGGUUGUUCAAGGAUCUUCAUAGCCAAGACCCUUUGGCGAGAAAGCAGUUUGGAGAUGGCCGACCGCCAUUGUUGCAGAAGUUCCUCAACCAGCAGUCCAAUCCGAGCAGAGCUUCCUCCUAUGCUCCCUCCAUGGCGAGCACUGCACCCAGGUCUUUUAAGUCCAGUGCCUCUUCUACUUCUAGCAGAUUCAGCAACCGGCGUCCUUUUCCUCCUCCUCGUCAGGCCAUGGUUUCUGAGGUUGAAGAUGAUGUGGAUGGGGAUGAGGAGCAUGUGGACGAGGGACAAGAUCCUCAGUCGCUUGAAGAGCUGAUGCAGACCGAAGCUGAGGCUCUGGCUGCUGAGUUAGAUGCUGCUGCUGAAGAAGGUGUAGAUGAGGUGAUGUUGCAGGAGAUAGAGAGCUCAGUUGAGACAGCAGCUGAAGCCCUUCUCACCAUGAGGGAGGCCAAAACGCGUCUUCAAGAAGUGAAACGAGACCGUGGAUACAACAAGACAGAUGGGGGCGACAAGAAGGGCACCCUGGCGAAAAAGCAGUCGGGCAAACACUCAUGUUUCGAUUGCGGCCUCCAGGGGCACUGGGCUGGAGACCCUGAGUGUCAGAAACCUGGCCAGGGCCUAGGCCGUAAGCCAUCACCAAAGAAGGUCAAGCAGGUGAAGCUGGUUGAAUCGUUGAAUACAGAACACGUUGCUGAGGCCGAGGCGACAAUCCCGCCUGCAAAUGAGGUCUUGACUGUCGCAUGCACCACGAGACCUGCUAUUUCUGGCUCCUUGAUGCGUGCCUUGGAUGAUGCUGCAGUGGCCAAGGAGGUGAAUGCACUGGUCUCUGCAAAGUUGGCAUGUGACAAGCGAUUGGUGGGCGCCCUUGACUCUGCCUGCAAUCGCACUUGCACAGGACCUGAGUGGCUUAGUGGCUUUUUGGAUGGCCUGAAACAAGCCCCCCAAGAAAUUCAAGAUUUGGUGAUUUCCCGUCCUGAACGUGAAACCUUUCGUUUUGGAAACGGCGGCGCCCAAGUCAGCGUUGAAAGAUGGCGGCUACCUGCAGUGGUUGGCGGGACACUCAUUUGUUUUUGGACUUCUGUUGUUCCUGUACCUUCCCUGGGGUUGCUGCUUGGUCGUGACUUCUUGGAAGCAGUUGGUGCCGACAUGAGUUUUUCCAGAAGAACUUUGAAGUGUGAAAGCUUGAAUAUGGUCCCCAUAGCCCUGCGUCAACUCACCGCAGGUCUCUACCUUUUGCAUCUCCUGCCAUCAUGCUGGCCAGGUGUGGUUUCUCAGAAGCGUUGGAAGCGUUUGGGAGUUGAUGGUGUUUUGGAGUUGCAGUUGUCGGCAAGUGACAUCAAUGUCGUCUGCUUCAUUGAAGCCGACUUCAACAUCGACAACAUCCUCUUCUACCAGAACCAACCAUGGCGUCGCAUGGUGCUGCGCCUGCGAGAAAGAAGCAUGUGGGCGGCAAAAGGCAUUCUGCUUUGGCUCGUGCAAAAGCGAUUCCUGCGCUUUUUGCCCUUGCAUUAUCCCUCAGUCACUUCGGUUCAGCAGUGGAAGGAACAGGCCAAAGACCAGGUUUUGGGUGGAAUUGUCCCCAAGAGUCACUUGCAGAAAGCGGACUUGGCCAACAAGUUCACCAUGGCAAACCUGGGCGAGUGCUGUCACCUUCGGAAUCGUUUGGGCAUUCAACUUUCCUUCAUCGAGGACCCCAAGUUGGAGGGCAUGCUUGCUGGCCGAGCGGUCAAGGGUUUGAGUUCAAAGCUGAGAAAACAAGCGCAGAAGGAAGCCUUGGCAGAAGCUCAACGUGCCGACGAGAAAGGAGUUCGAGAGCAAGAGGUCGACGAGAAGGCGACAGUUCCCCAGCUCAAGGAGAAGGUCAAACCAAUGGUCGCAUUGCUGAAGGAGCAGCCUGCUCCCACAGUCAAGGCCCCGCCCAUGAAGGACAAGAGUCAUGGUGCCCGGCCGAAAACGAAUCCCAAGCAUGUGAGCUCUUUGUCAAUGAGUUCCAGCGAUCGACCACUGACUCUUCUGGCAGAACAACAGCGCCAGUUGGGCGUGAUGAUGGAAGGGCUUUCUCGCGAGCUGGUGGCACUUCGUCAAGAUGCAAAGAAGGGCAGCCAGACACAGGGCCAGAUGGAGGUGGACCAGGAUGCAGAGCUGAUUCCCGAGCUCACGGAGGAGGAGAUCCGAGAGCUGAACUCCGAGGCCUAUGCAGAACUGUAUGCAGCCCGCCUGGCGGCCCAGUACGACGAGGCGGAACUGGUGGAUUUGACGGACGAACAGGUGGAGAGUGUGGUAGCUUGGAAACGUCAUGAAGCUGACCGGUUGAAGGUUUCUCUUGGGCAGCAACAACUACGUGAGACCCUGGAGGUUCAGUUUGACAAUGAAAUGCGUGGCUUCAUGACUGAUGAGACCUUUUUCCAAGCCGUGUCCUUUGUUCCUGAGUCGCAUGAAGCUCUUGCGAAUGACCUGGUUCCAAAGAAUUCCAUGGUUAAACAGAAUGAGGUCCCCCUUGUCUCUGAGGUGUACACCAAUUCCCAAAAUGUUAUGAAAGAAGCUGUUCGCCGUGGGCACAAAGUUGGAACUCCCAUGUCGUUGGAAACGGGGUGGGACUUUACUCGUCUUGGCCAUCGUAUACGUGCCAAGCAGAUGAUCAUGGAAGAGAAGCCGUUCUGUCUUGUGCUGGCGUUUCCUUGCGGACCAUUCAGUCCGCUCCAGCACUUGAAUUCGGCAGGCAAGGCCACCUUGGGCGAUCGUCUUGAAAAAGGUCGUCAAUUGAUGAAGUUUGCCUUGGAGCUGGCAGAAAUUCAAGUUCGAGGCGGGCGGCAUUUCAUUUUGGAGAAUCCUUUACCAAGUGGAGCGUGGAAGGAGCUUGACAUGCAGAAAUUCCUUGAAGAGCAUCAGAUAGACACCGCUGUUUUCGAUCAAUGUCGAUUUGGUCUGAAGAGUUUGUCUGGCUUACCACAUCGGAAAGCCACUAGGGUUGCAAGUUCAAGCCCGGCAGUCAUCGAGUUGUUGGAUGGGAUCCGUUGCAUGCGCAACCAUUCUCAUGACCCAGUGAUUGGUGGCAGUCGGAUCACUGCUCGAGCCGGCAUCUACCCCUUAGCCUUGGCUAGGACUAUGGUGGAAGGUGUUGAGAAGCAGUUUGAUAUGGACUUUGGUGGCUCUGGUGAAGUUCUGGUGGGUGAGGCGGAGGGCGAUGAGGACGUCGACUUUGAAAAUCAUGGUGGUGCCUUUGCCAUCAAGGAUGACGAUGACAUGUCCGACGUCGAUGAGCAGACUGAGGAUGAUGCCAAGGUCCACAUUCCACAGUCCGUGAAACUGGCUGUGAAAAGGCUCCAUGAGAACACCGGGCAUAGAAGCAAUUUGCGGUUAGCCCGAGCCCUAGCCAUUGCUGGGGCACCGACAGAAGCCAUCGUGGCGGCGAAGCGGCACCAAUGUGCCAUUUGUGCUGAGCGUGCUCCUCCAAAGGUCAUGGAAGACAAGUCAACGAAGAGUGUGAUCCACUUUUUGGCCACGAGAUGGCUCCCGACUUUUGGAGCUCCUCGAGUUCUAGUCUGUGACCAAGGCCGCGAAUUUGUGAGUUGGCAAAUGGAAGAAUGGGCUUCGUCUGUUUCAACGAUGUUGCACCACAUUGCAGUUCAGGCGCCGUGGCAAAAUGGUUUAGCCGAGAAGUCAGGUGGAGUUCUCAAGGCUGUCUUGUCGGCAGUGAUCGCAUCGCAGAGUGUUGUGGGAUUUCAUGAAAUGGAGUUAGCGCUUGGAGAAGCAGUCUAUGCUUGCAAUGCAGAUGUUGGAGAGUCUGGAGCCUCCCCUUUUCAGGCUGCAAUUGGAAGACAGCCAAGAAUGAUUGGAGACGUUCUUGGGGGCAUCCAGAACAGACUGGCUGAGCAUGGGCUUUUGACUUCCAAGCCCUCGUUAGCCAGACAGCUAGCGAUGCGGGAAACCGCAAAAGUGGCGAUGUGCCGCUUGCAUUUCAGCCGUGGACUUCGUAAGGCUGAGUUGGCACGUUCCAGAAGUUCGACAGUGGAAUCAGUCCCAACUCCUGGAACAAUCUGCUACUUUUAUCGACCGCUGAGAUUCAACAACAAGGCCUCAGCGAGCAAGAAGCGCUUGACCCUCAAGCGAUGGCAUGGUCCUGCUCUUUUUGUGGCCUUGGAAGGACAUGCCUCAGCAUUUUUGUCCUACAAGGGGCAAUUGACCAAGUGCGCACUUGAGCAUGUGCGUGUUGCAAGCACCAUGGAGCAGAUUGCGGCAGGUUCUUGGAAAGAUGCCAUUGAUGAAGCAGUUGGCAAUCCACCUACACCUGCUUUCCUACCAACAUCCCAUGCACCUGCGACUCCUGCUGUGGACUUGGAUUUGGGGCAGGAUCUUCCACCAGUUCAACUGCAAGAACUUGUUGGUGCCUUGACUCAGAGUGGAUUAGAUAGCAGUGUAGGUGAACCUGGAUCACGUCGAAUGAGUGACGUGGCGACACCUUCUUUGGCUGUGGCUGCAUCUGCCGCUUCGACUUCCAAGACCCCUCGUAGACUACCCUUGACUUCAGUCAUCGAGCGGGCCCAGCGGUUGGAUGCAGCGAGCGCUUUUGAGCAAGCUCCCCCUGUUGAAGAACCAAGUCAAACGGCUGAUGCCUUGGUGGUGUCAAAGGAGGAUAUCUUUGCCUCUCUGGGUGACCCUUCUGUGCACCCGUUGGUCCACAUCUACCAUGGGGCUUGCCUGGAUCGCAUGCGCCCUUUGGAAAGCCGCGUGAAUGAUCAUGGUUCUUGGCAUGGCAGAUGGCACCUACCCUCCAGAUCGGAGUGGGAGACUCGCAGCGGCCUUGGACUUUCGUGGCCGACUGGGAGCGAUGAUGUUGAAAAUAGCCAUGAAGCCUGUGCCGUUCAAGCUGCUCGCAAAGAAUACCAUUGGAAAAGCAUGAAUGAUGAGCAGAAGGUGAAGUUUCGCGAAGCUGCUGAGCAGGCCUGGUCAGUUUGGGCCGACAAUGAGGCUGUGGAAGUUUUGGAUGAAAAACAAUCAGCUCGCAUUCGCCAGCGACUCAAGGAUGACAAGGAAGUGGACUUCAAAGUGCUCACUCCACGCUAUGUCUUUACAGACAAGCAUGAGCCGCUGCGAACAGCUGACAAUCCUUUGGAGUUGAAAGCUCGAGCGCGCAUUGUGGUGCCUGGCUUUCGUGAUGUUCUUUCUUUUUCUAUUCGAAAGGACGCUCCAACAGCUUCAAGAAUCAGCCAACACAUGCUCCUCAUCAUGACAGCUAGCUACAAGAAGGCAAAGAAGGCUUGGCGGUUGCUUUCGGCUGAUGUGAAAAGCGCCUUUAUGAAAGGGGAUCCAUUUGCAGAAGGAUCCAGAGAACUCUAUAUGCAGAACAUGUCUGGCGCACAUGGUGAACCGCUGCUGCCUUUUCCAAGACAUUGCCUUGCUCGCAUUCGCAAAGGCGUUUUUGGUCUGUCUGAUGCACCGAGGUUGUGGUAUCUGAGGUUGCACAAAGAAGUCACUGCUAUGGGAUGGGAGCGCAGUAGCCUUGACCAUGCUUGUUGGGUGCUUUGGUCUGAGGACCGCAAAACUCUUCAUGGAAUUUUGCUGGCCCACGUUGAUGACCUCUUGCUUGGAGGUGACCAACGAGCUCAAGAGUCGCUGUUGUCUUUGGGCAAAUCCCUGGGUUUUGGAUCCAUUGAGUAUGACGAUUUUGUCUAUUGUGGCAAGCGCAUUCGUCAGCUUGAGGAUGGCACCAUCGCCAUUUCGAUGGAAGAGUACCACCAGAACCCCAAGCCACGAUUGUUCCUGCUCAUCGGCGUGCUACUCCUGUUCGACCAAGGGUUUGUUCUAUCCAGUUUGCAAGGGGAGAAACCGAAAGUUCAGACACUCAUGAAGGCAAACCAAUUGUUGAAGAAGUUUAAACAACAUCCCAAGUUUGAACUAGUGUUUAAACCCCUGGACUUGGAUGGUGCUGGCAUCCUGGCCGUCACCGAUGCAUCCUUGUGCAAUGUGACCAAAUCUGGCUGCGCUGAGGGUUCCUUGCUGGAGCGUGUCUAUUCGCAGAGCGCCUACUUCAUCCUUGUGGCUGACCGCAACCUGAUGGCUGGAAAGGAGGGAAACUUCGGAGUGCUAGACGCUCGCUCUCACCGAAUCCCCAGGGUUUGCAGAUCCACUUUUGGCGCCGAGCUUCUUGGUGCUGAAGAAGGGCUUGACAAUGGGCAGUUCGCUCGUGGAUUGCUGGCUAUGAUGCUGGGCUAUCCGAUGGAAGGGCGCUAUGCUGAUGGAGUCAUGGAUGCAGUGCCGCUUAUGCAGGUGACCGAUGCGAAGGACGUCCACGACAAGGGAUGUUCGGAUACUCCGACCUAUGGAUCUCAAAAGAGUUUGGCAUUCACCAUUGCAUGGAUGCGUUCUGUGUUUGCCAGACCGAACACCUGUCUCCGUUGGACUUCGACUGAGAACAUGUUUGUGGAUGCGGGUACCAAGGAGAUGGACGUGGAACACAUGCACAGGAUCUUGCAAAGUGGAACCUGGAGUGUGGAAUUCAAUCAGGACUUUGUGAAGCAGUCUGUAAAGAAGUCCAAACCGCGUGAUGCUGUAGCUGGAAAUUCAGUAGAGUUGGUAGGUGAACCUUUGAAUAGUUCCCAUCCUGUUUUUCCCUUUUUAGCUCAGCUUAGUGGUAGUCCUGGAUGGCAUUUCCGCGACACUCUAGUGAUCCAUGUGGCGAAGAACGCAAAGUCGUUUCGGAUUCCGACUGCCAGAUUCAAGGCAGAAGAUUUUCCUUUGCGUUCUACAUAUGCACGUUUUGAUCUGAAGGAUGGCAGAUCUGAUUGGCGCAUCUUGGAGGAUGGCGUUGAAUUUCAAAGCUUGCAGAACAAGCAGGCACUUUUUGGCGGUGUGGCAUGCAUAUUGAUCAGCAUAUUCCGAUCUCUUGCCAAGAAAGAAGAAGAUCAGCUGAGAAUUGGCAGUAUUGGCAAGGAUGACACAUGA